AUGGCUAUGUCCGGCGAAUCUUCCGGAAAGAAUUGCGGAUAUUCCGACGGGAAGAGCCAGCGAAAGGUGGGUCUUCUUUAUGACGAGAAGAUGUGCAAACACGACACACCUGACGGCGAGGAUCACCCUGAGUGUCCCGAUCGUAUCAGAAUUAUCUGGGAGACGCUUCAGCUCGCCGGAGUUGCUCAAAGAUGUGUUGUUCUUGGUGGUAGCAAAGCGGAAGAUAAGCAACUCCAAUUGGUUCACACAAAAGACCAUGUCAAUUUAGUUAAGAGUAUUAGCACAAAAAAGAAAGAUAUUCGGAGAAACAAGAUUGCUUCACAAUUGAAUUCGAUAUAUUUGAAUGGAGGUUCGUCUGAAGCCGCAUAUCUUGCAGCCGGAUCUGUUGUGGAGUUGGCGGAGAAAGUUGCAGAAGGAGAGUUAGACUGUGGCUUUGCUAUUGUCAGGCCCCCAGGACACCAUGCUGAAGCAGAUGAAGCCAUGGGUUUUUGUUUAUUCAACAAUGUAGCAGUUGCUGCUAGUUAUUUACUAAAUGAAAGACCGGAUUUAGGUGUUAAGAAAAUUCUUAUUGUUGAUUGGGAUGUCCAUCAUGGAAAUGGUACACAGAAGAUGUUCUGGAAAGAUCCUCGUGUGCUAUUUUUCUCUGUUCAUAGGCAUGAGUAUGGAAGUUUCUAUCCAGCGGGUGAUGAUGGAUAUUAUAACAUGGUUGGGGAAGGUCCAGGUGAAGGGUUUAACAUAAAUGUGCCAUGGGAGCAAGGAAGAUGUGGAGAUCCAGAUUAUCUUGCUGCAUGGGACCAUAUCUUGAUUCCUGUGGCGAAGGAGUUUAAUCCCGAUAUUAUUUUGCUUUCAGCUGGGUUUGAUGCAGCUAUUGGUGAUCCGCUCGGGGGUUGUCGUGUUACACCAUACGGAUAUUCAAUCAUGUUGAAGAAGCUGAUGGAGUUUGCACAAGGAAAAAUUGUGAUGGCGUUAGAGGGAGGGUACAAUCUUGACUCAAUUGCAAAGUCUUCACUCGCUUGUGUCAAAGUUUUGCUUGAAGACGAACCAAUUCAAGGUUCUUCUAAAGCCUACCCAUUCGAGUCUACAUGGCGUGUCAUACAAGCGGUACGCAAGAGACUAUGUGCGUAUUGGCCUUCACUUGCGGAUGAAUUAUCGUGGAAGCUGAUUGAUCAGAAAACUCCUACUCCAAUCAUCAUCGUUAGCUCAAGCUCAGACUCUGAAACUGAAGACGAUACUCAUGGAAUUGUGGAUCAAAUGUCGAAACUCAACAUUGAAAAACAAGAAGGUACACUAAAUGAAAACGACCAAGUGGAUACUGCUUCUACAUCUUGGAGAGCUGAUCUCGCAAAGGUAGACGUUUGGUAUGCCUCUUAUGGAUCCAACAUGUGGAAACCGAGGUUCCUUUGCUAUAUUCAAGGGGGACAAGCUGAGGGAAUGAAAAAGGCAUGUGUUGGUUCAAUGGAUAAAAGUCCACCAAAGGGAAUAAUGUGGGAAACAUUUCCACACAGAUUAUUCUUUGGCCGCGAAUCUACAGCUACUUGGGGUGUAGGAGGAGCUGCUUUCACCAAUCCCCUUACUAAUAUCAAUGACCAAACUCAUAUGUGUAUCUACAGAAUCACGCUUGAGCAGUUCAACGAUGUUUUGUUUCAGGAAAAUGGUUUGAAUGUAGACUCUGAUUUUCCGCUCUUUGAUCUAGCUGCUCUGCAGUUAGUAGAGAACAAAGGAUCCGGUUCACUUGAAGCUUCGAAUGGUUGGUAUAACAACGUAGUCUGCUUGGGGAAAGAACUCAACAUCCCUAUACUCACAAUGACGUGCACGCUUUCGACUUUUGAGAAGUUCAAGUCCGGUGAGAUCCCUCUAAGACCUCCCGCAAAAGCCUAUGCCGACACUUUGGUAAGGGGCCUUGUGGAAGGAGGAAGAUUCUCUGAAGAAGAAGCUGAGUCUUACAUAGACAAUGCUGCCUCUAAACCUCUCUAA